AGGGCUACUACUGCGGCUACUACGGCGGCUACUACGUCGAGGCGGAGGCGCGGGAGGAAGCCGGCUGCGCUAAGGGCGGCCGUGCUGGGACUGGUGGCCGAGCUGGAUGUGGCGAGGAGACAAAGCCUCCCCUGGGACGACGCGCUGGCUCUGCAGCUCGCCAUGGAGGCGCUGCUGGAGAAGCGGCCCCGGGAGGCGAUCCGGGCUCUGGAGCCGCUGCUGCGGGGGGGAAGGGCCCGCCCGGCCGAGAGGGCUGCUGGCUCUGACCCAGGCCCUGCAGGAGGAAGGCUGGGCCGAGCGAGGGGACGAGCUGCCCCUGCGGGAGCUGCGCCCCUUGCUGGAGAAAGGGCUGCGCCUGGUGCGCAAGGAGCUGCUGAGCUGGCGGGCAGCCGAUCUGGAGGGCGCCGAGUGGGCAGGAUCGCCGGAGAUGGUGGUGGUGAAGGAGGAAGAGGAGGAGGAGGAGGAAGAAGAAGAAGUGACCCUGCCCAAAGUCCCAGGAGGGCAGGAAAGGAUGGUGGUGAAAGAGGAAAAAGAAACCGCUCCGGAUAGGAUCGCGCCCAAAGUCCCACCGUGGCAGGAGACUGUAGUAGUGAAGGAGGAAGAGGAGGAAGAAGAAGUCACCCCAAAUGGGACCGUGGCCAAAGUCCCCCUGCGGAAGGCAGGACUAGAACACGGGUCCCCCCGAGUGGCCUCCGUGGAGAGUUCCCCCCAAAACCGCUCCCGGGAGCAUCAUAUGCCGAGAAAGAUGCUGCCCGCUGAUUUCAGGUCUCCCUUUGCGAAGGAGAUGCGGGAGGAGGUGGACGCCCCCGGUUUGAAGGACGUCCCACGGAGGAGGAAGGACGUCGUCAGAAGAGGCCCCGGCAAGGAGGUUCUUGAAUCGGGAAAGACGGUCGCCCCCGACUUCGGGUCUCCCCGUCCAAAGGAGGCGGCAUCAGGACAGCAGGCGCAGACGGAUGUCCGCUUUAAGAAGGGUGCCACUUACUUCAGGUCUCCCUUUGCAAAGCAGACAGGGGGGCUGCGGGGGGAGAUGGGCGUCCCCGGUUUGAAGGACGUCCCAUGGAGGAGGAAGGACGUCCCAAGAGGCCCCGUCAAGGAGCUUCUUGAUUCGGGAAAGACGGUCGCCGCCGACUUCAGAUCUCCCCGUCCAAAGGAGGCGGCAUCAGGACAGCAGGCGGAGACGGAUGUCUGCUUUAAGAAGGGUGCCCCGUGGAAGAAAAUGGAGGACCUCCGGGAUGUCCUGCGGGUCAUCACCAGGAGGAAGAUGAGGGCUCUGUCUUGCUCCUUAUGGAAGCAAGGCCCUCGGAAGAUGUGCAGCCGUCUCCACCAGCUUUGCCGCCAGUGGCUAAAGCCGGAAAUGAACACGAAGGUUCGGAUGCAGGACCUGGUGAUCUUGGACCAGUUCCUGUCCUUCUUGCCCCCAGAGAUGGAGAGCUGGAUCCGGGAGUGUGGAGCAGAGACCAGCUGCCAGGCGGUUGCCCUGGCCGAAGGCUUCCUGAUGAGCCAGGCAGAAGACCAGAAGGAGCAGAGAGAGACCCAGCGUCUUCCAUUCCCGAGGACUGACUUGAAGCCCGUCGCUGAAAAACUGGAGAAAAAGAGGGAUCCACCAGAGCGUUCCUGGGAUCUGCUCUUCAGGGAGAUCUUCCAUGAAGAUCAAAGUUGGGCCACCUCCAUCAGAGAGUUGGCGUUCAUAGAUUCUUCUCCUUUUUUGGCUGGUGUUGAAAAAGCUGUUGAACAUCCAUCUCAGGUUCUCGUGUCUUUUCAAGAGGUGGCCGUGCAUUUUUCUGAGGAGGAAUGGUCUCAGCUAGAUCCUGAUCAGAAAUCUCUGUACCGAGAAAUCAUGCUGGAGAACUCCAGAAAUUUAGCCUUUCUGAGAAAUCACGUUCAAGAGAACAAGGAAACCUUCCAAAGAUUCGGCGAUGAAGGGAGGAGAGCUGAGUUUGCAAAUCCAACGGAAACAAAAGAGCACGAAAGAAAUCUGUCAGGAAACGACAGCAAGAACAGCCCAAAUUCGCCCUCUCCUGAAAUUCAAGACUCUCUUCCCAAAGGAGAUCCGAAAGACAAAAUAAAAGUGGAAAGCACGGAAACAUCUGAAGAAGGCUUAGAUUUAUAUGAAGAACACACAAUUCGCACUAAAGAAGAGACUCUGGGCCAAGAGGAUGAAGAAAAUUACAGCAAUAGGACUACUCUCCUUUCUGAACGUGGAAAAACCGACGUGGGAAAUAAACUACAUAAACAGAACGGGAAACCCUUCGAUGAAAGAGGUUCCUUUGCUCCCAGGGAAAGGAUUAAUUCAGGGGAAAAGCCAUAUAAAUGCAUGGAAUGUGGGAAGAGUUUCAGCCAGCGCAGGUAUCUUACUUCCCAUAAAAUAAUCCACACGGGGGAGAAACCAUUUAAGUGCACAGAUUGUGGAAAGAGCUUUAACCACAAGGCUAAUCUUAAUUCCCAUAGAAUGAAUCACACGGGAGAGAAACCGUAUAAAUGUAACGAGUGUGGAAAGAAUUUUACCCACAACUUUCAACUUACCUCCCAUAAGAGGAUACACACCGGGGAGAAACCGUACAAAUGCACGGUAUGCGGAAAGCGUUUCAACCAGCGCAGUAACCUUAAUUCUCAUAAAAAAAUCCACACAGAAGAAAAACCACAUAAGUGCACCGAGUGUGGAAAGAGAUUUACUCAGAAGGGUAACCUUAAAUCCCAUAAAAGGAUCCACGUUGGGGAGAAACCUCAUAAAUGCAAGAAGUGUGGAAAGGCAUUCCAUUAAAAAUGGGUCAGCGGUCCCCAGCUUUUAUAGUUUGAUGGCCUGGCAGUGUGUAUGUGAGGGCAUAAGCGCUAGCUUGUGCAAAUUGAGCUGAGUGCGCGCUGGCUCACCACUCACACAAAUUGGGCUGUGUAUGUCCAUACGCCGGCCUGCCGCUCACACCACCCAGUUCUGAACGGGCCAGAGCCUGGUAGUGUGCUGCGGCCCAGGAACUGGGGACCCCUGCCUUCACUUCCCCCAAAAUGAUCCAUAUUGGGGAGAAGCCGUGUAAAUGCUUGGAAAGUGGAAAGAAAUUCUGCAAAAAAUUCCAUGAAACCCAUCAGUUCAGAGGUCCAGCGUUUGAGCUUCCGAAGUGUCCUCUUUCAGGACAAUAUGGGGCCCAAAGAGAUUUCCACCUGCCUACACCACCACAGCCAUCGGUGGCUGAAUCCAGAAAGACAACCGCAUUUUCAGAGGCUGAAUCUGUUGCACCUGGAACAGUUCUCGGGUCCUGGCCUUGGCCAGAGCCUUCCUCCUGAGCCAGAUGGAGGACAGGACAGGCGGCAAGUGGGAGACUCCUUGGCAAACUCUAAAUUUGAUUUUAAUUAAUAAAAACUGUUUGAAUUCUGAAA